AAUCCAUCUAUAUAUAACAAAAAGAAAAGGUCAGCAAAUAACAAAAAACAAUACACAUGCACUGAAUGUGGGAAAUCCUUCUGCAGGAAGUCACUGUUGAGUCUGCAUGUGGCAACUCACAAGGAGGAAAAGCUGUACCUGUGUCAUCAGUGUGGAGGCACAAUCAAAAGGACGUCAUAUCUCCGAGACCAUCAGAGAGCUUGCACAGGAGAAAAGCCCUUUGUAAUGAGUGUGGUAAGUCCUUCCGCCUAAAGACAGCCCUCACAGAUCACCAGAGAACACACACAGGGGAGAAGGCGUACGAGCGUAAGAAUGCCUUCCGACUGAAAUCACCCCUUAUUCGUCAUCAGAGAACUCACACAGGAGAAAAGCCGUAUGGUUGUAACGACUGUGGCAAAUCAUUCCGCCAGAAAACAACUCUUUCCCUCCAUCAGCGAAAUACAGGGGAGAAACCCUAUGUUUGUAAAGAAUGUGGGAAAUCUUUUCACCAAAAAGCGAACCUCACUGUCCACCAGAGGACUCACACAGGAGAGAAGCCCUACAUUUGUAAUGAGUGUGGGAGAGCAUUCUCUCAGAAAACAACACUUGCUCUUCAUGAGAGAGCUCAUACUGAGGAGAAGCCCUAUGUGUGUAACGACUGUGGGACGUUCUUCCGCCAGAAAGCUACUCUUGUAGCGCAUCAGAGAACACAUACGGGGGAGAAAUCUUACGAAUGUCCUCAUUGUGGGAAGGCCUUUAGGAUGAAAUCCUACCUCACAGAUCACCACAGAACCACAGGAGAGAGACCAUAUGAAUGUAGUGAGUGUGGGAAAUCAUUCAGCCAGAAAACAAACCUCAGUCUACACCAGAGGAUUCAUACUGGGGAGAAAGCGUAUGUGUGUAACCAGUGUGGGAAGUCCUUUCGCCAAAAGGCAACCCUUACUGUCCAUCAGAAAAUCCACACAGGGCAGAAAUCCUUUGAGUGUCCUCAGUGUGGGAAAGGUUUCAGCCAGAAGUCCUACCUCAUCUACCAUCAAAGAACUCAUACAGGAGGGAGACCCUAUAAAUGCAGUGAGUGUCUAAAGUGCUUUCGCCAGAAGACAGAUCUCAUUGUUCAUCGGAGAACUCACACGGGUGAGAAGCCCUACGCAUGCAGUGACUGGCAAGUCCUUUAGUUAUAAGAGGAAUCUCAUUGUCCAUCAAAGGAUCCAUAGAGGAAAAAUGGAAAUACAAUAAAAAGGGGAAGUGAUGUCUUUGUGAAGUCUUUAAAAUAUUGUUACCUUUAGUAUCUAAAACAAAACAAAACAAAACAAAACAAACAAAACAAAAAGUGCUCCCAUACAUCAUAACAGUUUUUAAGGCUCUAUGCCACUGCUUUCUGGGAUGAAAUAGUUGCGGUCAUUGUGGUUUUAGACUGUUCUGCUGACUUUGAAUAAAGUGCUCCCAUCUGGGCAGGGUAGAGCUCACCUAACGAUGCUCACUUGGGUGGCAAAGCCAGGUCCACAGUUACAGUGCAGCUGACCUGCAUACCAGCUUCCAGGCCAGGCAGGGCUUCGGACAUGAUAGAGACCCACUCAAAACAACAGAAAGGUGAAGUACGUGUAGGAACAGGUUAGAGAAUGCUUACCAGCAUUACUUCCCAUAAGAGAAUAAAAGUGAAGCUCACGGCUCACUGCAUUCCAUAGACUAAGAGAUGCUCCUAACU